AUGGAGGGGACUUUCGACCUCCCCACCAUUCGCCGGGUCAGAGAAAUUGUUUCUCGGCCAAAGGGGGGUCAUCCAGAUCAGCUCCCUUACAUUGUUACUUGGCAGGAUCUCGUGGAGGACCCUCCCUCCUGGCUCAAGCCCUUCCUGGCUCCACGCCCACCGGAGCCGGCACCCAUUCUUGCCUUGCAGGAAACGGAGAAGAAGAAAAAGGAGGAGAAAAAGACCACCCUGCCAUCGGCUCCAGCUCCCCUCUACCCGGUUUUGCAGGGGGGUAACGAAGAAGAGCUAAUUUUUCCUCCCCCGUAUCGGCUCCCCAGGUUGCCGGAGAGAUUGGAUCCUGCCCCGUCGCGGGAAGCUGACGCAGUUCCGGUUCCGGCCGGGAGCGGGGUUCCGGGUGUGGCCGGGAACGCAGUUCCGGUUCCGGCCGGGAGCGGGGUUCCGGGUGUGGCCGGGAACGCAGUUCCGGUUCCGGCCGGGAGCGGGGUUCCGGGUGUGGCCGGGAACGCAGUUCCGGUUCCGGCCGGGAGCGGGGUUCCGGGUGUGGCCGGGAACGCAGUUCCGGUUCCGGCCGGGAGCGGGGUUCCGGUUCCGGGAAUGGCCGCGAUUCCGAUGGGAGGUCCGCCCCUCACCCGGCUGAGGGCUCAGAGAGAGCUGUCCAUUGCCGCACCCGAUUCUACUAUCAAGACCCUGCCCUUACGGGCCGCUGGACCCCCAGAUGUGGAUGGCAAUCAACCUUAUCUUUACUGGCCUUUCGCUACGAGUGAUUUGUACAACUGGAAGGCACAGAACCCUAAGUUCUCCGAGAAGCCGGGGGGACUUAUUGACUUGCUAGAUUCUGUUCUUUUCACCCAUCAGCCCACAUGGGAUGACUGUCAGCAGCUUUUACAGGUCCUGUUCACAACGGAGGAGAGAGAGAGAAUCCUCAAUGAGGCCCGGAAAGUGGUUCCCGGUGUAGAUGGAAAUCCAACCACCAACCAGGCACAGAUAGAUGUCUCUUUCCCCUUAACUAGGCCUAACUGGGACUUCAACACGGCAGAAGGUAAGGAGAGGCUCCGAAUCUACCGCCAGACUCUGAUCAGGGGUCUCCGUAUGGCUGCUAGGAAGCCUACCAAUUUGACCAAGGUAGGGAAUGUACAGCAGGAAAGAGAUGAGUCUCCAGCUGCCUUUCUGGAGCGGAUCAUGGAGGCAUAUCGCACCUAUACCCCCAUGGAUCCAGAAGCUCCAGAAAAUAAGGCAGCUGUGGUCAUGAGUUUUAUAAACCAGUCAGCCAUAGACAUUAGAAAGAAACUGCAGCGGAUAGAUAGAUUAGGGGAAAAGAGUUUUCGGGACUUGCUGGAGGUGGCUGAAAAGGUGUAUAAUAAUCGAGAAUCUCCUGAGGAUAGGCAAGCCCGCGCCAUGGUGACUGCCAGUGACAAGCAAACCCGAAACCUGGCCAAGAUUCUGCUAGCCACCACCAUGGAGUCCCCAGAGGACCGGACCCGCCGCCUUCGCCAGCUUGCUGAUGACCAAGAAGAAGGUAAGGGGACCGCCCGGGGCGGGAAGAAGAAGCUGCAACGGAACCAGUGUGCCUACUGCAAAGAAAUAGGACACUGGGUCCGGGACUGCCCAAAGAAGGGGGGUCGGGGUUCGGACCCCCUCCCCGAGCCCAGGGUAACUCUUAGAGUGGAGGGGACCCCUGUUAACUUCCUUGUCGACACUGGAGCACAACACUCAGUCCUACGCACACCUCAAGGGAAGCUAGCCAGCAAAAAGUCCUGGGUGCAAGGGGCAACUGGCAUAAGCCAGUAUUCAUGGACUACCCGAAGAACAGUAGAUCUAGGAACGGGCCGGGUAUCCCAUUCCUUCAUGGUAAUACCGGAGUGCCCCUACCCCCUUUUAGGACGGGACUUGCUAACCAAGAUUGGAGCUCAAAUAACUUUCAGACAAGGGGGGCCCCAGGUCACCGAUGGCAAAGGCCAUCCCACCCAGGUUCUGACUCUGCGACUGGAGGAUGAAUAUCGCCUCCACCAGGGGGCGCCCACAGGGGAGAACAAUAUGGACAAAUGGCUACAAGAAUUCCCCACUGCCUGGGCAGAGACGGGAGGAAUAGGACUGGCUGCUCACAGGGCCCCAACCCUGGUAGAGUCGAAACCAGGGGAAGGUCCCAUCAGAGUUAAACAGUACCCUAUGUCCCAGGAGGCUCGGAAGGGGAUUCAGCCUCAUAUCCGAAGACUACGAAGCCUAGGGAUACUGGUUCCAUGCCAAUCUGCCUGGAACACCCCCCUCCUGCCAGUCAGAAAGCCCCACACGAAUGAUUACCGACCAGUCCAGGACCUCCGAGAAGUAAAUAAAAGAGUUAUGAAUAUACACCCAACCGUCCCCAACCCGUACACUCUCCUAAGCUCUUUGACACCCUCUAGAGUCUGGUACACUGUAUUGGAUUUGAAGGAUGCUUUUUUCAGCCUGCCGCUCGCGCCUCAAAGCCAACCCCUGUUCGCCUUUGAAUGGCACGAUCCAGAGGAAGGCUACAGUGGACAAUUAGCCUGGACACGAUUACCCCAAGGGUUCAAGAAUUCGCCCACCAUCUUCGACGAGGCGCUACAUGAGGACCUCGAUGCCCCACUGCAUAACUGUGCAGGGAUCCUGGAGCAGGUACAUGGACUUCGGAAGGAUUUGACCGAUCGGCCCCUCCCUGACGCAGAGGCCACCUGGUUCACGGAUGGGAGCAGCUUCGUGCGAGACGGAUGCAGGUAUGCAGGUGCAGCAGUGGUCACCAACACGGACACUGUGUGGGCAGAAGCACUGCCCCCUGGGACAUCAGCCCAGCGAGCAGAACUCAUUGCUCUCACCAAGGCACUGACACUGGGGGCGGGGAAGCGGCUUAACAUUUACACAGACAGCCGUUAUGCAUUUGCUACGGCCCAUGUCCACGGGGCGAUUUACCAGGAAAGAGGGCUAUUGACAGCAGAGGGACGGACAGUAAAAAAAAACAAACAGGAAAUUCUAGACCUGCUUGCUGCCCUAUGGCUUCCCGCGAAGUUAGCCAUUGUCCACUGUCAAGGGCACCAGAAGGCAGAUGAUCCAGUAGCAAGAGGCAACCAAAAGGCUGAUCAGGCAGCCAAGGCAGCGGCCUUCACCUCAGUCCCCGUCCCCGCCAUGGCCUUACAACUACCAGACCCCGGGGACCCAGUUCUACCAGACCAGCCUAGGUACUCUCAGGAAGAGCUGCAGCAGAUCAGAAAGCUUCCCCUCACCAAGGAAAUAAAGGGAUGGUGGUAUACCUCGGAUGAGAAACUCAUACUACCGGACUGGCUUGGGGUCACAGUGUUAGAACGCAUGCAUCGGUCCACCCACUUGGGAGCCCGGAAGUUAAAGGACUUAAUUCAGCAUGCCAAGAUCAAGAUUCACCAACAAGACUCCAAAAUCAAUCAGAUUAUAGCCUCCUGAAAAACCUGCCAACUCACAAACGCAAGAGCUGGAUCAGGUGGACAAGGAACCAGGCUCAGAGGCACCAAACCAGGAGCACACUGGGAGGUCGACUUCACUGAAGUCAAACCAGGAAAGUAUGGUUAUAAAUAUCUUUUAGUAUUCAUAGACACCUUCUCUGGCUGGGUAGAGGCGUACCCAACCAAGCAUGAAACAGCCCAGACGGUGGCCAAGACUACUGGAAGACAUCUUACCCAGGUAUGGUUUUCCUGCUCUGAUAGGAUCUGA